UCCGUUGCUCAUUACUCUCUCAAGUCGUCACUCUCUUCACAAAAAAAAAUAAAAAAUAAAAAAGUCUUCACUCCCUCCUUCACUUCUCUAUUUGUGUGUGGUUCUCAGUUCAAAGAGAGGAACUUGGGUUUGAAAAUGAGUCGAAGCUCCAGUAGCUGCAAAUGGGUUCCACUGUCAUUGCUGCUCUUCUUCGUUUGCCUUUCCACUGGAGAAGACGGUUUACUAGCAAAUGGUGAUUUUGAAACGGCUCCAAUGAGUGGAUUCUCGAAUGAAGGCAUAGCAGAUGGUCCUACCUCCAUCCCUGAAUGGAAAUUGAAUGGAACAGUAGAACUAGUAGAAUCAGGGCAAAAGCAAGGUGGUAUGAUCCUUAUAGUACCUCAGGGUAUGCAUGGUGUGAGGCUUGGCAAUGAUGCAGAGAUAAGGCAGGAUAUCAAGCUUGAGAAGGGGUCAUUUUACUCAAUCACAUUCAGUGCUGCAAGAACAUGUGCUCAGUUGGAAUCUCUCAACAUAUCAGUACCUCCAGCUUCUCAGACCGUUGAUCUGCAGACCCUUUACAAUGUGCAGGGCUGGGAUUCAUAUGCAUGGGCCUUCCAGGCUGAAUCAGAUGGUGGAGAGGUGGUUUUCAAAAAUCCUGGCAUGGAAGAUGACCCCACCUGUGGGCCCAUCAUUGAUAACAUUGCCAUCAAGAAGAUUUCUACACCUGACAAACCAAAGGACAAUGCUGUCCUUAAUGGUGACUUUGAAGAAGGCCCAUGGAUGUUCAGGAAUGCUUCAUUAGGGGUUUUGUUGCCCACAAACCUUGAUGAAGAAACAUCCUCAUUGCCUGGUUGGAUUGUCGAAUCAAGCAGAGCUGUUAGGUAUAUUGAUUCAUAUCAUUACAGUGUUCCCCAGGGUAAACGUGCUAUUGAAUUGCUCUCUGGAAAGGAAGGUAUCAUUUCACAGAUGGUUGAAACAAAACCUCAGAAACAGUACAACCUGAUCUUCUACUUGGGGCAUGCUGAUGAUAAAUGCCAACAGCCCUUAGCUAUCAUGGCCUUUGCUGGGGAUCAAGCUCAAAACAUGCAUUAUAUGUCCAAUUCGAAUGCAACGUUCGAAACUGCAAAUCUUACUUUCACAGCCAAGGCAGAGAGGACUCGAAUUGCAUUCUAUAGCAUCUAUUACAGUACAAGGUCUGAUGACCAUAGCUCCCUAUGUGGUCCAGUGGUGGAUGAUGUGAAGGUAUUGGCAUCCUCUGGGUACCGAAGAAACAUUUUUGGAGGUCUGGGCUUAGGAUUUUUGUUGUUAGUUUUGGUAUUGAUUUAGAAUUUCUGUGUAUGUUUAGUAGUUCAUGUUUUGUGUAUGCUUUGGUGAUUGGGGAAAAUUGGUAAACCAUCUACUCAAGCCUAUGUUGUAUGUGAAUUUCCCCCAUGUGGAUGUAAACUACCUUAGCUAUAUAGCAAUAUUCCUUAGUAAGGUCAAUGUAUGAGCAAGUCUUUUAAGCAUAGCUGUUCUGCGCGA